CCUUGCCUCGCCUCUUACAUACAACUUUUAAUACACUGUUAUCUUUCUGUUUCUCUUUUUCCACCUCUGCGAGUUAUCGACUGAAGUCUGGAGGCAUAUGACCAAAGCACAGGGGGGAGAUGUCGAUUGAUAAUUAACGUAGGUGACGUAGGUGGAGGGUAGGGGGUGACGAGAGAGAGAGAGAGAGAGAGAGAGAGAGAGAGAAAUAGAGAGAAGUGGAGGGGCGCGGGCCGGAGAGGAGAGAGAGGUCUUGCCUCUUUUCUUGCUGAGGCUCUUUGAUUCAGUGGCAGUGACUGAGACAACCCCGUUACCGGCCACCGUAAACCCGUGUAACUACGAGCUUCGAUCAUACUCCAGAUCAACAGCUAAAGAUUUCCCCGGAGAACAUCGCGUUUUUAUCGCGUCUCUGCAGCCGAAAUCAUAACAGGACAUUUGGCCAAAGCGAACUUUGAUAAGAAAACAGACAUUUAUACUGGACGACAGCAAAGUCAGAAGAUGCUUUGUGUGUCUGGUGAGCGCAAAAUCUGCCAGUCAAAGUCCGCGAAUCAAAGCUUGGCACAUAAAGGAGUACCUGCGAUGAAGAAACCCGCAAGAAGCUCCACGCGGUAAGAAGUGGAAGAGUGAUAUUCACAGAGAAAGACCAGACAGAAGAGUGUGGAGGCCAAAGAACAAACACCAGCGCGUCCUCAAAUGAUGGGGAUUAAGCACCUUCUGCUUCUUUUGAUUUACUUAGACCCGCUGAAUGUCCUGUGUGCCGCCACCACCAACAAAAAGAACAAAAUCCCGCUGAGGAGGAACCCAAAGGUGAAGGAGGUCAACGGCAGCACCACCGCGGUCCCGCUGUCCGUGGCCGUCCCGGGGAAGAUCACGCAGGUCCAGGCUCCCAGGGUGCAGCACGACACCUGUCUGGGCUACUACGACGUGAGCGGGACGUACGACAAAGAGUUCAGCUGCAACAACACCGAUCACCGCUUCUGUUGCGGCAGCUGCUUCCUGCGCUUCUGCUGCGCGGACCGGGGGAAGCGCCUGGAGCAGAAGAGCUGCACCAACUACAACACACCGGACUGGAUCAAAACCCAGUCCCCUUCACCGGGGCCCACAGGUGAUACCUAUGACCCGGAGCUGGACCAGACCAACACCACGGUGUACAUCACCUGCGGGGUCAUAGCGCUCGUCAUUGCCAUUGGGAUAUGUGUUAAAGUUGCCUAUGAUAAAGCCACCAAGCCCCCUCAGGAAAUGAAUGUGCACAGAGCCCUGGCAGACAUUCUGAAGCAACAAGGACCAGUUCCAAUAUCUCAGUAUGAACACGAAAACCUUGCAGCGAUUGAUGGCUCACCCAAAGACGAGACGCCAGUCAGAUCUUCGAAGAGUCACUACACACCUGUUCACUCCAAGGCAUCAAACCACGGACACUAUGGGAAAGAAAACCUGCGCGGCGGGGGCCAAGACAUGCACAACUUCAUCUCUUCUGGGUUUGUGACACUCGGACGUGGCCACUUGAAAGCGCAGCACUCCAUAGACGAAUCGGGGCAGAUGUCCUGGCAGGGCGAUCUGGACAUCCCCCUCUCCUACGGAAACCACCACCAUGACUACCAGCACAGCCACCUGGAUCUCACUGCGCUAACACCUAAACUGGCCCACAGACAAAUGAGACACGAGAGACCCCAGCGGAUGAACAACAUCCUGACCUCAGCCACGGAGCCCUACGAUGUGUCCCUGUCCAGAUCCUUCCAGAACCUCAGCCAUCUGCCGCCCUCCUACGAGGUGGUCCUCAAGUCUGACUUAAGUAAAUACUCCUCCUCUCUCCACAGAUUAAGUGAGGACGUAGAUGACUACUACGCGAGGAAGCAUCAUCAUCCUGACUUCGGCGGCCGGGGGCCGACCCACAUGGUGAAGCUGAACGCAGAUCCCCAGCAGCACCACCAGCACCAGCAACACCAGCAGCACCAGCAGCGGCAGCGUCCCCGCCGAGUCCAGAGGGCCAUGUCCCAGGACCACGUCCUGUCUCCUCCCCGGACGCCACGUCGCGGGGACUACGGCUUGUCUUCGUACGGCGUCAUGGCGGCGGCCGCGUACAGCAGCAGCCGACACCUCUCAGAGGAGCAGCUGCUGUCGGCAGAGCGCCUCCACUCCCAGGAUCCCUUGCUGUCCCCGGCGAUGAGGCGUGACAAGUUCCGGGAGAAGGCGAUGGCUCGGGCGAUGUCGCACGCCGACAUGCUAAUGCCCAUCACGCCCGUCAUGGACCGCCACAAGAUGACCAAGAUGCACUCUCAACCCACUGCCUCUAACGACUCCUACAACACGCUGACGGUCAACAACCAAGCGAGCACGUCUAAGAGGCAGGCGUUUGCCUCCCGACGGACACACACGGUGGACCACCUACAGUACAUUCCGGGCCACCACCACACAUACCGCACAGCCAGUAAGAACGAGGUAACUGUUUAGCCGCAGAGCGGUUAGCUGAAGGAUUCCUGAGACACGCCAUGGACGUCGACAGAAAUCUCGAAAAUCAGCAAGUCUCCUCAGCAGAGGUGUUCUGUCUUCUUAUUAAAACAACCUCCUCCAUUAAAAAAAAAAAAA